GGCAGCAGGCGAAGCGGCAGCAUCUUCCGUGCGGGUGUGUCCCUGCGGCUCCCCUCGUCCUCGUCCUCCUUGUCCUCGUCCUCCUCGUCCUCCUCGGGCGGCCGGCGCGAUGGCGAAGCCGCUGACAGACGGCGAGAGGCGGAAGCAGAUCAGCGUGCGCGGGCUGGCGGGGCUGGGCGAUGUGGCCGAGGUGCGGAAGAGCUUCAACCGGCACCUGCACUUCACGCUCGUCAAGGACCGCAACGUGGCCACGCGCCGCGACUACUACCUGGCGCUGGCGCACACGGUGCGCGACCACCUGGUGGGCCGCUGGAUCCGCACGCAACAGCACUACUACGAGCGCGACCCCAAGCGCAUCUACUAUCUUUCCCUGGAAUUCUACAUGGGCCGCACACUGCAGAACACGAUGGUGAACCUGGGCCUUCAGAAUGCCUGUGAUGAAGCCAUCUAUCAGUUGGGGCUAGACUUGGAAGAACUGGAGGAAAUAGAAGAGGAUGCUGGCCUGGGGAACGGAGGCUUGGGGAGGCUGGCAGCCUGCUUCCUUGACUCGAUGGCCACCUUGGGCCUGGCGGCCUACGGCUAUGGCAUCCGCUAUGAGUUUGGGAUUUUUAACCAGAAGAUUGUCAAUGGCUGGCAGGUGGAGGAGGCGGACGACUGGCUGCGCUACGGGAACCCCUGGGAGAAGGCACGGCCGGAGUACAUGCUGCCCGUGCACUUCUACGGGCGAGUGGAGCACAGCCCCGAGGGCGUGCGCUGGCUGGACACGCAGGUGGUGCUGGCCAUGCCGUAUGACACCCCGGUGCCGGGCUACAAGAACGACACCGUCAACACCAUGAGGCUGUGGUCCGCCAAGGCGCCCAACGACUUCAAGCUCCACGACUUCAACGUGGGCGGCUACAUCGAGGCGGUCCUGGACCGGAACCUGGCCGAGAACAUCUCCAGAGUGCUGUAUCCCAAUGACAACUUCUUUGAGGGGAAGGAGCUGCGGUUGAAGCAGGAGUACUUCGUGGUGGCCGCCACCCUCCAGGACAUCAUCCGUCGCUUCAAAUCGUCCAAGUUCGGCUGCCGUGACCCCGUGAGAACCUCCUUCGAGACGUUCCCAGACAAGGUGGCCAUCCAGCUGAAUGACACCCACCCAGCCCUCGCCAUCCCUGAGCUCAUGCGGAUCCUGGUGGACGUGGAGAAGGUGGACUGGGACAAGGCCUGGGAAAUCACAAAGAAGACCUGUGCGUACACCAACCACACGGUGCUGCCCGAGGCCUUGGAGCGCUGGCCCGUGUCCAUGUUUGAGAAGCUGCUGCCGCGGCACCUGGAGAUCAUCUACGCCAUCAACCAGAGGCACCUGGACCACGUGGCCGCCCUGUUCCCCGGGGAUGUGGAUCGCCUGCGGAGGAUGUCUGUGAUCGAGGAGGGGGACUGCAAGCGGAUCAACAUGGCCCACCUGUGUGUCAUCGGGUCCCACGCUGUCAACGGCGUGGCCAGGAUCCACUCGGAGAUCGUGAAGCAGUCAGUCUUUAAGGACUUUCAUGAGCUGGAGACAGAGAAGUUCCAGAAUAAGACGAAUGGCAUCACGCCCAGACGGUGGCUGCUUCUGUGUAACCCAGGGCUGGCGGACACCAUCGUGGAGAGAAUCGGGGAGGGUUUCCUGACGGACCUGAGCCAACUGAAGAAGCUGCUGCCGCUGGUCGGUGACGAGGCGCUCAUCAGGGACGUGGCCCAGGUCAAGCAGGAAAACAAGGUGAAGUUCUCCGCCUUCCUGGAGAAGGAGUACAGGGUGAAGGUCAACCCCUCGUCCAUGUUUGACGUGCAUGUGAAGAGGAUCCACGAGUACAAGCGGCAGCUGCUCAACUGCCUGCACGUGGUCACCCUGUACAACCGAAUAAAGAAGAACCCGGCCCAGGCCUUUGUGCCCAGGACUGUCAUGAUCGGGGGCAAGGCGGCGCCCGGCUACCACAUGGCCAAGAUGAUCAUCAAGCUGGUCACGUCCAUUGGCGACGUGGUCAACCACGACCCGAUUGUGGGUGACAGGCUCAGAGUGAUCUUCCUGGAGAACUACCGAGUGUCCUUGGCUGAGAAAGUGAUCCCCGCCGCCGACCUGUCACAGCAGAUCUCCACCGCGGGCACCGAGGCCUCGGGCACAGGCAACAUGAAGUUCAUGCUCAAUGGGGCCCUCACCAUCGGCACCAUGGACGGGGCCAACGUGGAGAUGGCCGAGGAAGCUGGGGCCGAGAACCUCUUCAUCUUUGGAUUACGGGUGGAGGACGUGGAGGCCCUGGACCAGAAAGGGUACAACGCCCGGGAGUACUACGACCGCCUGCCCGAGCUGCGACAGGCCGUGGACCAGAUCAGCAGCGGCUUCUUCUCCCCCAGGGAGCCCGACUGCUUCAAGGGUGUCGUGGACAUGCUGCUGAACCAUGACAGGUUCAAGGUGUUUGCGGAUUACGAAGCGUACGUGGCGUGCCAGGCCCGGGUGGACCAGCUGUACCGGAACCCCAAGGAGUGGACCAAGAAGGUCAUCAGGAACAUCGCUUGCUCGGGAAAGUUCUCCAGUGACCGGACCAUCACGGAGUACGCCCGGGACAUCUGGGGCGUGGAGCCCUCUGCCCUGAAGACCCCACCCCCCAGCCUCCCCAGGGACUAGGCCCUUGCCCCUCAGGACCAGAGGCUUCUGUUUCCUUGCUGACUCUGCCCCUCGUUUCCAAGCACUUUGCCAGCACCCUGCUUUCUUCAGUGCUGUGUCUGGGAGGGCCGUGGGGAUCAGGGUGGUGGCUGUGAGGGGUUGGAGACGGGGAAGAUGCUCAGCUGAGAUGCUCCCCAGCUUCCCACAGGAAAACGGAGCCUGCAGCACUGAGCAGGGCAGCCGGCCUGCAGCUUUGCCCCCCGCCCCUUGGAGGUAGGGGAGGUGGACUUGUCUGCUGGACUCCCCACAGCCUUGCACGCGCCUUGUGUGAGCUCAUUUUUAGUUUUGAGCCUCUGGAUUCUGGGGUCUGGGCAGGUAGCUGUGGCAAAGCCUGGGCUUCUGCAGCACCUGGGCUGGCCAUCCAGCAUGGCCCUGGUCCUCCCUGGCCCAGCUCUGCCUCCUGGCCGCGCUGGAAGGGUCCAGUGCGCCAGGCCACGUCCUCAGAGCUGCUAUGUGGGUACUUGGCUCAGGGUUUCCAGACUGAUCACAUAAAGAGGCCCCAGGAUAACCGAGUGUGACAUUGGGGACGAUGCCUGUGUCCAGCCAACAUCUAGGGAUUAGGGCAAGGCUGACUGAUGCAGAAUUGGUUUGGUUUUGCUUUUUCAAAAGAUUUUUCACAAGGAAAUGAAACUAGCUGAAGCCUUUCCUUGUUCUAGCAACUAAAAAUAGCACUUUUGAAGUCUAGUGCCUGGGAGGCGAUGCUGCCAUGUUUUCAUCUGGCCCUGGGGACCCACAGUGGCAUCCCCGCCUCUGCUGGGUGAAGCUGAACCCCCAGCCCUGCUGCAGACCUGCACCCUCCCUGUUCCCGUCACGUCCAGAAGGGUGCAUUUCCAGUCUUACAGGAGACCGGCCUCCUCCUUCCCUCUUUCCACCAGCGUGACAACCUGGUCUGGAAAAGGACUGAGUGGGCCCAGAGAGCAUGCUGGUGCCGGGGAGGGCAGGUGAGCGGGCAGGAAGGAGAGGGCCAGGGAGCAGGCAGGAGCUGGGGGCGGAAGUGUCUGGUGGCUCUGCCUCCUUGAAUGCUGGACCUGGGUGGCACGGGGUUCUGCCUUCAUCCCCAUCCUGACUGCUCACCUCGCCAGAGCCAUGGGGGUCUGUGGUUGUGCCCCCAGCACCCUCCACUGCCCGUCCCUUAGGCCAAGUGUGACCUUCACUGUGCCCCUCACUGUCACUGCCUUGUGUGAGAAACCAAUUAAACCUUCCUGCUUGUGCUCGGUUGA